AUUUUGGUGGUGAAUUAAUCAACGCAAUUAAUAAUGAGAAUGCCUUAAAGCAGUACAGAAGAUACCUGUGCCUUGAUAAUUUCCUUUAGAAGCAGAGCAUUUUUGGAUUGUCGCGAAGGCUGUUCAUUGAAAAGAAACCGAAGUGGCAGGACUAAAACGAUAUUUUAAGUAGUUUUCAACUCGGUAAAUUUGAGUUCUCUUUGAACUUCUUAGCACUCUAGACGUGUUUCAUAUUGAUUUAUUCACAAUUUAAUUACAGCACGAAAAAGGGUCGGUAUUCUUGGGCUAGACACAAUGGCCGACGGAGGUUUUAAAGAAUCUACCCAGUGUAAAGACUGGAUUUUUACUGAAACAACUCUUCGGGAGAAACGAGAAAGCGUAAAUCAAAAGGCUUCUGAAAAAGUGAGAAAACAUAUCGCGGAAGAGUACCGAAUGCAAAACAAAGAUGCCUCUGAAGACAAACUGCCUGUCACGUUGAAUGCAGACGAAGAGUUACUACUCGUUGUGUAUUACACUUGUCAGUUGGGCACACUGGCUGCUGCAAUGAACUUGCCUAGUCACAUUAGAGGUUAUGCUGUGACGUACUUUAAGAGAUUUUUCCUCGUUAACUCUAUCAUGGAGUACAAUCCCAAAACGAUCAUUUUCACCGCUCUUUACGCAGCUACUAAAGCUAGUGAUCACUACAUACCCAUUGACCAGUUUUGCAAAAAGAUACCCAAUUCCACACCGCAGCAAAUUUUAGAAUUCGAGUUUUAUUUGUGUCAGAGCCUCGAUUGGGAUCUUUAUGUUUGGCUUCCGUUUAGACCGUUACAGGGUUUUCUGCUUGACUGCCAAAAAGCUCUGCCCUCCUUUCCGCAUGAAACACUCUUCAAAUGUCACGACCAGGCCAAACAGUUCCUGUCCGAAACAUUGCACUCAGACCUGUAUUUUCUCUAUUCUCCGAGCAUAAUGGCCUUAUCGGCCAUUUAUCACGUUAAUCAGGAUUUGUGCACACAGUACUUGGAAGCAAAGAAUCUACAAAAAUUAAUGCCCAAGGUAAAGGAAAAUGAAGCACAACUCCUAGAGUUGCAACACGCACAAACAGAUAUAAAUAAGGCUAAGGAAAUUGGAAAAAAGCUUUAUUUCUGUAUGGACCCAUAUCAGCGCAAAAAUAGUGCUGUUUACUUAAAACGAAAAGCUGAAGAUGAGGAACAAGAAAUGGCCAGACAGCGAAGAAAAAUAGAACGGCAAAAAUCUGUUCCUGACCGCAAUCCAUUUGCAUAGCUUGUGCCUGCAUCAUUCCCCCUCUCAUCAUGUUGCCAAAAACGCCGAGUGACCUCUCACUAGCUAGUGAGACCUUCUUGAUUUAAAACUAAUUCCAUAUAAAUAUUGUCAUAAAACUAGUACUCAUAAACUAUAUAACUCAUGCUCAUAACUUUGGCUGCUUGUUGUUGCUGCAGAUAAGACUGUGGAUACCAUUGUAUGCAGAAAGACUGAGACGUCGGACACGAUAUUCCGUAACCAAACGCAGACGGUAUACUCCGUACUCGAAAUUAGUCCAGUAAGGAAUGAAUCUCUGAGCGAACCGGCGUGAAUAAUGGAACACCUUUUGU